AUGACUAGGCCUGACAUUUCGUUUGCUGUCCAGACCUUAAGUCAAUAUAUGCAGUCUCCUAAACAAUCACAUCUCGAAGCAGCAUUAAGAGUUAUAAGAUAUGUGAAGAAGGAACCAGCUCUUGGGUUGCUUAUGUCUGCAAAAAGUACAAAAGAACUGGUGGCAUUCUGUGAUUCAGAUUGGGCUUCUUGUGCUGUUAGUAGAAAGUCAGUGUCAGGUUACUGCAUUAAGAUGGGAGAUUCUCUUUUGUAUUGGAAAUCAAAGAAACAAAAUACCAUUGCAAGAUCAUCUGUAGAAGCAGAGUAUAGAAGUAUGGCUGGAACUGUUGCAGAAUUGAUUUGGGUAACUGGUUUACUGAAAGAAAUUGAUGUUGAAGCCAAAAUUUCAGCAUUGCUUUACUGUGAUAACAAGGCAGCUUUGCAAAUUGCAGCAAACCCCAUGUUUCAUGACAGAACAAAACACAUAGAGAUAGAUUGUCACUUCAUAAGAGAGAAAAUUCAAAGUGGCUUGAUACUUACAAAGUACAUACCAACUAGAGAACAAUUAGCAGAUAUUUACAGAUAUGGGAUGGCUUCAUUGUUGUAUAGACUGCAGAACACUGUGAGAAGCAUUAUCACAGGUGGUUUGCUGCUGUUGCCUGUUUGA